AACAUUUGGAACAACGUUUCAGAACUAGCUUACUGUUCGAUUCUUGAGGAUCAAUUUCAUCUAAUUGUUGAAGUGAAUUCGGGUUCGUUACAUUUUACGAAAAUUAUAUUUUUCGGAUACUGCAUCGAAGCUACGUAGACAAAACGAUGGCCUACCAAUACGCCUGCGUGCUGUUGGCUGUCGCAUUGAUCGCUGCACCAGCCCUCUCUCACCCAGUCGGUGCUCCGUUAGAAGCCUGCACCGACAUGAUGCCACACCAUCUUGCGGAACCGCAGAAAUUGGCUGCCCCGUACAAGAUUCUACUCAACAAGGAACGGGCCGUAUCUGGCGAAAGCGUUACGGUCACAAUACAGGGAAACACUCCACAGGACACAAUCAAGGGUCUGCUCUGCCAGGCUCGUGUCGACGAAACUGCCGUUGGAUCAUUCGACAUUCCGUCUAGCGACGAUUACGUACAAACUCUAGACUGCGGUAACGUUAAAAUGUCGGCCGUCACCCACAAAAGAAUCACCACUGCACCAAACAGCAUUUCCUUUGACUGGGUUGUCCCUGAUGGACUUACCGAGAAUGUUAAGAUGACCUGCACCAUUGUUCAGAGCCUACGUGUUUUCUGGGUUAAGGUGAAGGCUGAUAACUUGAAGGUUAACUAAGCAGUAAAUGGCGUUGUUUGUUAUGCUCAAAUACUAUUUUGGAUUACACACAAAAAAAAACUCUUGGUCCCUUUCACAAAAUAUUUUUUUAAGCUAAAAGGGUUUUUAUCCCUCUUUUUUUCUAUACAUUUUAUUUUAUUUUAAAAUUUCUUUUAGACUUGUCGAUUCAAUAGAAAUCCACAGCUUUAAAAAUAAAUAAAAAAUCCAAGCGUUUAGAUCAAUUACAUGUAUCGUAGCAUUAAAUAACAAAACAGAUGAGUUUAAUAAAUUUUGCAAUAC